CUCUCGUCAUCAGUUUUAUCGCACAGUGGAUUUCAACUGCGAACGAAAAGCUCAAGCAAUCGUUAACCAUGGCGACGCGCCACCUGCUAUCAUUCACGCGCCGCUCUCGGACAUUGGCUCCGUCGUGCCUAAGCCAGUCUACUCGAUCCGCCUCGCAGUCUCUAGCUCAGGCUUCCGAAGCUCCGGCACCGGCCUCCCCGCCUCCUCCGGAGUUCAUGAUCUACGACCGAUUAGCCGAGAGCGUGAAAUCGAAGCUCAAGCGACUCGGGAGACCGGACCUGAGGUUCCUCAAGUACAACUCGCCCCACCCUGUCGAAACCAACCACGCGCCGAUCCUCUCCGCCCCCGAGACUAAAGUGACCACUCUCCCCAACGGGCUCCGAGUCGCCACGGAGUCCAAUCUCGCUGCCAAAACCGCCACCGUGGGAGUGUGGAUCGACGCCGGAUCGCGGUUCGAGACUGACGAGAACAAUGGAGUCGCGCAUUUCCUCGAGCACAUGAUCUUCAAAGGGACCGAUAAGCGGACACAGAGGACAUUGGAGGAGGAGAUUGAGAACAUGGGUGGACACUUGAAUGCUUACACUUCGAGGGAGAUGACCACGUACUAUGCCAAGGUCCAAAGCAAGGAUGUGCCUCAGGCGCUUGAUCUUCUGUCUGACAUUUUGCAGAAUUCGAAGUUCGAGCAGGGAAAUAUUGACCGCGAACGCAAUGUGAUUCUCCGCGAAAUGGAGGAGGUAGAAGGACAUCCUGAGGAAGUCAUUUUUGACCAGUUACAUGCCACCGCAUUCCAGUACACUCCUUUGGGUAGAACGAUUCUGGGACCAGUUGAGAACAUCAAUAAAAUAACCAAGGAAGAUAUUCAGGAUUACAUUUCAACGCACUAUGCUCCUCACAGAAUGGUGGUAUCGGCUGCUGGAGCCAUAAAACAUGAGGAUGUGGUUGAGCAAGUGAAGAAGCUUUUCACAAAACUAUCGGCUAACCCUGUUACCACGUCUAAGUUGGUUGCAAAAGAGCCAGCAAUAUUCACUGGUUCAGAGGUCCGAAUCAUUGAUGAUGAUCUGCCUCUUGCUCAAUUUGCUGUUGCUUUCAGUGGAGCAUCAUGGACAGACCCUGAUUCCACUGCUUUGAUGGUCAUUCAACAAAUGCUGGGAUCAUGGAACAAAUACUGUGGAGGGGGAAAGCAUAAUGGUUCAGAGCUUGUACAGAGAGUGGCAAUUAAUGAAAUUGCUGAGAGUGUGAUGGCUUUUAAUACCAACUAUAAAGAUACGGGGCUUUUUGGUGUCUAUGCUGAAGCCAAACCUGAUUGCUUGGAUGACUUAGCUUAUGCAAUAAUGUAUGAUAUAUCCAAGUUGUGCUACCGAGUAUCAGAAGCUGAUGUCAUCCGUGCUCGUAAUCAGCUAAAAUCUUCCUUGAUGCUCCAUAUUGAUGGACCAAGCCCAGCUGCUGAAGACAUUGGACGUCAGUUAAUCACCUAUGGUCGAAGAAUGCCAUAUGCUGAAUUAUUUGCCAGAAUCGAUGCUGUGGAUGCUAACACCAUCAAAAGAGUUGCCAACCGUUUUAUUUUUGACCGGGAUGUUGCAAUAUCAGCCCGGGGACCAAUCCAAGGUUUGCCCGAUUAUAACUGGUUCAGACGAAGGACAUACUGGCUGCGCUACUAAACUGGCGAUUCUUUGCCUGCAACUGCAGCAUUUUCUGUUAGUUAUUUUAUUUUUUUCCCUCGAGAGCCCGUUGUUGGGCAUUAUAAUUCUCAGUUUCUGCAGGAAAUAAGCCGGUUGUUUUGUGAUCACCUUCCUCCUUUUGUACAUUGUGGGUGAUCCUUGUAUAGAUGAGUACCACAUAAUAUUAUUCCCUGGGGAGGUCUGAUGGUUUCCAAACUCAUGGAAAUUGAACACAUUGUUUCCCCUUGCUGAACAUAACUGUAACCAGUGAACAGACAGCACAAGGAUCUUUAUAAAAUUGCACCCUCAUAAUGGACUAAUGGUAUACAAUCAUGGUUGAGUGGAUUGAA